CUCCCUGUCCUUCUCCAGGCAGUCGACUGGCACUGGAUCCGUCAGACACGCCCCCUGAGCAGUGCAUCAUGGGCCCUGGCACCCCCCAACAGCCUGAGAUAUCAGAACAUUAAGCAGCCCGUAUUGUCGCACCCGUUCCACCAUGCCAGCCAGCCUCUUUCAGGGGCUGACGGAGAGGAGGAGUGGGAGGGGGCCCUCAGCGUGUGUGUGCUGGUGCGGCAGGGGGAGUCCCACAGCCUCCACACCCUGCUGGAGGUCCCGCUGUUUGCCCGCAAUAAACUAAAUCUCCUCGCUCCUGGGCUUCACCCCCCCUCCGAGUUCUCCUUCCCGUUGACCACGGUGGACGGCAGCCAGGAGGACGACAUCAGCGUUGACAGCUUCAAGAGAAACGGCGCUGCUAUAGAGAGAGAACACGGUUGUUUCAGGAGCCUGUUUGAAGCCGAGCGGUGUCCUGCUCCCUUUAUGUAUGGCUCUCAGUUUUACUGUUUCCACUGCCCGGGCACGGAGCCGGCGCCUGGCUGCGGACUGAAAACUAUGGAGGAUAUUGGACUUGAAAACAAGCUUGUGGUGCUCUCUUUGCAGCCUCACAGCUCUCUGUACAGCCAAUCAGAGAGAGCAGAGGGGGAGCACACUGAGAGAGACAGUGAACGAGAGAGGCAGCUGGCCCUGAUGUAUGAAAGACUGAGGAUAGAGGUAAGACUGUUUAUUGAUCCUCCAGUCCUUUCCUCACAACACAAUGCAAUACAGCUUUAUUUGUAAAGCA